UCAUUCACAGUCAUGAAGGUGCUUGCUUGGUCACAUUUUGUGCAGCUCCUUGCACUGGAUACAAAAUAAGGAAACCAAAGGACAUCUCUUGAGAGGAAUCUAUAAUUGAAGGGCUUUCUUUUUUUAUUGUUAUUAUAACCAUAACUGUGUCACUGCUUGCUCGCAAACGUUGUGCUGUUUUGAUUUUUUCAAGAGAACACAAACGGUGAGGAUUUGUAUUAAGGCUGCUGUGGAUUCUUCAGAAAGAACAGAUGUAAUCGAAGAAGAACCCUUUUUUGAAAUAAAGGAAAAACAAACCUCAAUGGUCCUGGUGCUCCGGCUCAGCUCAGCUUGAUGGCUUGGAUGCAGUGAAGCUUUCGACUGUUGUAACCUGCCCCCCCCCCCCCCCCUUUCAACACCCUCUUUCUCAUUGUCUCUCACACACUCGUGCCCCUCCUGCCCCCUGUCUGCCGGAGUGCACGUUGGAGGGGGUGGGGGGACAGUACAUGCAGGGGAACCAGCCUGGCCUCUAUGCGCUUGGACCUGGCUGGCCAGCGGGCCCCGGAUUGAGAAGCAGGUGCCGUCUGCAUGGAGAGAAGUGGCUGCAGCCCAUUCCCCAUGUGUUGGGCUAGAGAAUAUGACAGACACCUAGCACCCAGCAAAGGCAUGGCAGCUGCUUACCUCGACCCGAACCUGAAUCACACCCUGGGCUCGGGAGCCAAGUCCCGGCUGAGCAUGGGAAUGGAGCGCUCCGCAGGGGCCCUGGACCGGGUCCUCAAGGUGUUCCACUACUUCGAGAGCAGCAACGAGCCCUGCAACUGGGCCAGCAACAUUCGCCAUGGGGACGCCACCGACGUCAGGGGCAUAAUACAGAAGAUAGUGGACAUCCAUAAGGUGAAGUGCGUGUCUUGUUAUGGCUUGCGUCUUAGCCACCUGCAGUCCGAGGAGACUCACUGGCUUCAUCCAGACAUGGGUGUGUCUCACGUGAGGGAGACGUAUGAGCUGAACCACCCCCAGGAUGAGUGGAGGUAUGAGCUGCGGAUUCGUUAUUUACCAAAAGGGUUUUUAAAUCAAUUCACUGAAGACAAGCCAACACUGAACUACUUCUACCAGCAGGUAAAAAAUGAUUACAUGUUGGAAACAGCAGAUCAGGUAGACCAGGACGUAGCUUUGAAGUUGGGCUGCCUUGAAAUCAGGAGGUUCUUCAGGGAGAUGAGAGGGAAUGCUCUGGAUAAGAAAUCGAACUACGAGCUGUUAGAGAAAGAUGUAGGCUUGAGAAGAUUCUUCCCUGCAAGUUUACUGGAGUCAGUCAAGGCUAAAACACUACGGAAAUUAAUCCAACAGACCUUCAGGCAGUUUGCCAACCUCAAUGAUGAGCAGAGCAUUCUCAAAUUAUUUGAGAUUCUGUCACCGGUUUACAGAUUUGACAAGGAGUGUUUUAAAUGUGCUCUUGGGUCAAGCUGGAUUAUCUCAGUGGAGCUGGCGAUUGGACCAGAAGAAGGAAUCUGCUACCUUACAGACAAGGGCUCCACUCCGACCCUCCUGGCUAACUUUAACCAAGUGCAGACUAUCCAGUAUUCAAACAGCGAAGACAAGGAUCGGAAAGGAAUGCUGCAGCUCAAGGUAGCAGGAGCCCCUGAACCUCUAACAGUGACAACGCCAUCGCUGAAUAUUGCAGAAAACAUGGCUGACCUGAUAGAUGGCUACUGCCGGCUGGUAAAAGGGGCCUCCCAGUCCUUCAUUAUCCGACCACAGAAAGAGGGAGAGCGAGCCUUGCCAUCAAUCCCAAAGCUUGGCAACAACGACAAGCAGGGGGUUCGGACGCGGACUGUCUCGGUCUCAGGAGUGAAUCACAGUCAGCCUAGAGUUAAGAAAGCCAGGCACUUUCUCCUUCCUUUCAUCUUCUGUUCUCAUCAGUCUCCACCCAAGGAUGAAAUUAGUGGGGACGAGACGGACGACUAUGCAGAAAUUAUAGACGAAGAGGAUACAUACACCAUGCCCUCGAAAAGCUGUGGAUUAGAAGAAGCCAGGGACUAUGAGAUCCAGAGAGAGAGAAUGGAGCUGGGCCGGUGUAUCGGAGAGGGACAGUUUGGGGAUGUGCACCAAGGCGUCUAUAUGAGUUCAGAAGACCCUUCUAUGUCAGUGGCUAUUAAAACAUGCAAAAACUGCACGUCUGAUAGUGUACGGGAGAAGUUCCUUCAGGAAGCCUUGACUAUGCGACAGUUUGAUCAUCCCCACAUAGUCAAGCUGAUUGGAGUGAUAACAGAGAACCCAGUGUGGAUCAUCAUGGAGCUCUGUACACUUGGGGAGCUGCGGUCUUUUUUGCAAGUAAGAAAAUACAACCUGGACUUGGCCUCCCUGAUUCUGUUUGCAUACCAGCUCAGCACAGCACUCGCUUACCUAGAAAGCAAACGAUUUGUACAUAGGGAUAUUGCUGCUAGAAAUGUCCUGGUGUCUUCCACAGACUGUGUGAAGCUUGGAGACUUUGGGCUCUCCAGGUAUAUGGAAGACAGCUCCUAUUACAAAGCUUCCAAAGGGAAACUGCCUAUCAAGUGGAUGGCUCCAGAAUCGAUUAACUUUAGACGCUUUACCUCAGCUAGUGACGUGUGGAUGUUUGGAGUGUGCAUGUGGGAGAUCCUGAUGUACGGAGUGAAACCCUUCCAGGGUGUGAAAAACAAUGACGUGAUCGGAAGGAUUGAGAACGGAGAGCGCUUGGCCAUGCCCCACAACUGCCCCCCCACCCUCUACAGCCUCAUGACCAAGUGCUGGGCCUACGACCCCAGCAAGAGGCCCCGCUUCACUGAACUCAAAGCGCAGCUCAAUACAAUACUGGAAGAAGAGAAGGCGCAGCAGGAGGAGAGGAUCCGCAUGGAGAUGAGGCGGCAGGUCACAGUCUCGUGGGACUCGGGAGGGCCUGACGAAGCUCCCCCUAAACACUCCCGCUGUGGCCGCAAAGAGCCGCCCGCCCAGCACCUGAGCUCCCUGUCCCUGCUCCCUCCUCCCGAGGAGUCCUUCGAGGUGGGGCCCCCAGGCAUGCUGGUCCCCAUGCGGCCCAGACGGAGGCCCUCACUGCCCCCCUUGGGCCCCCGGAACGGGCCACGGCACGCCCUACCUCUCUGCUUUGACAGACUCAACCUAAACCUGCAGCGGCAGCUGAUGUCAGGAGGCAGGAGAAGACGCCAGCCCAGCAGACCAGGCUACCCCAGCCCAAGAUCGAGUGAAGGAUUUUACCCCAGUCCUCAGCAUGUGGGGCAGCACAAUCACUACCAGGUUUCUGGAUACUCUGGCUCUCAUGGGAUGCCUCCGAUGCCUGGAGGUGUCUAUCCUCCCCAGGCCUCUGUGCUGGAUCCACAUGACUCCUGGAACCACCACAGGCCACAGGACAUCCCCAUGUGGUCUCCCAACACGGAGGACUCCGGGCCCCUGGAUCUGCGAGGGGUGGGGCAGGGGCUCCCCACUCACCUCAUGGAGGAGAGGCUGAUGAUGCAACAGCAGCAGAUGGAGGAGGACCAGCGCUGGCUCGAGCAGGAGGAGAGGUUUUUGGAAACAGGAAUUAAUACACAGCCCUUCUCAUCCUGCCGAUGGAAUUCCUUGCUGCUCGCUCUCUGCACCAAAGCACAGCGGCGCUCCCACAAGAGAAAUUUAAAGAGGAUGCAGGUCUUCAAGUCCUGCCUUGGAAAACCGAAGCCAGACCCAAGGAAUUCCAGGGGCAGCAUUGACCGGGAGGAUGGAGGUCCCCAGGGACCGACUGGCAACCAGCAUAUAUACCAACCUGUAGGGAAGCCAGAACAUGUUGCUCCCCCAAAGAAGCCUCCUCGACCCGGAGCUCCCAGCCAUUUGGGAAGCCUUGCCAGCCUGAGCCCAGUGGACAGCUACAAUGAAGGAGUGAAGCCUUGGAGGAUUCAGCCCCAGGAAAUCAGUCCCCCUCCUACUGCUAACCUGGACCGCUCCCAUGACAAGGUGUAUGAGAACGUGACCGGGCUGGUGAAAGCUGUGAUCGAGAUGUCCAGUAAAAUCCAGCCUGCUCCCCCAGAGGAGUAUGUGCCCAUGGUGAAGGAGGUUGGAUUGGCGCUACGGACGCUGCUGGCGACAGUGGAUGAAACCAUUCCUGUACUUCCAGCCAGCACACACAGAGAGAUUGAGAUGGCCCAGAAGCUCCUGAACUCGGACCUGGCUGAGCUGAUCAACAAGAUGAAGCUGGCCCAGCAGUAUGUGAUGACCAGCCUGCAGCAGGAGUACAAGAAGCAGAUGCUGACCGCGGCCCACGCACUGGCCGUCGACGCCAAGAACCUGCUGGACGUCAUUGACCAGGCCCGGCUCAAGAUGAUUGGCCAAGCCCGGCCUCACUAGCCUGGGCUGUGUGUGUGUGUGUGUAUGUGUGUGUGUGUGUGUGUGGGGGGGGGUGUGUGUGGGGGGGGGGGGGGGGUGAACAGGGAUCUGUGGACGAUGGAUGUGUGCUGCCAGCUUCAACUGCGUUUCACCUGGCAGGGGGAUGGGAAGAGACAGUUGUUUCUAACACACUUGCAGCAAGGAACAGUUAGCCGCCUUCCAGUGCUGAACUAUGAGAUGGGAUUGAAGCCUGCCUGAUCCCACUCCUCCCAUCCAGGAGAUUUCAGAUCUGUCGGAUUGCUAUCGAGUUCCCUGGACUUUUCAAAAUCAGUAACAAACACUUGUUUUUGGCUGAGCCUAUUGUGUGUGCUGAUUGGUACAUUUUGUACAGAGACUAUAAAUUCAUCUUUGCUUCAGUUUUGUGGCAUGCUCCCCCACCCCCAGGGCAAAGAUCAGACAUUCAGCACGUCUGUAAAAGGCUACUGGAGCCAACGACAGAACUGUUAUUGGGAUGCUGGAAAACCUUAAGGUUAAGAAUGCCAGCUCCAUAAACACAAUGGUAACACACUGUCACAAUAUGCGAAUCCAGACUUAACAGAGAAUCCUAAAUCUAUUUUGGAAGGAUCGACUUGUUUUUUGUCCCCCCUCUUUGUUAGCGGGUGAGGAGGAGUCUUCAGAAGCAGUGGAUGAAAUAAACUACCAGGAAAGCCAGAACUGUAAUUUGUCUUUUUGACAUAGAAUCACGUGCCAGUUUUUGUAACUUUAAAAAAAAAAAAAAAAAAAAAUCAUAUUUUAGAAGCAGCUGUUUUGCUUUUUAAGUACAAGCCAGAUAAUUGAGUGUUGUGUGUUAAACAAACCUUUCCUACCAUUGGAGAUGUCCCCUAUUCUUUUAUAUAUAUAUAUACACACAUAAUAUUUAAAAAGACUAAAGCCACAUUGGGUAUUUUAAACACUAGUUACUAACCCAUUUCCUCCUCUUUCCUCUCGCCCAGGAGGUUUUAAAGAACAGAUACCUGACCUUCCAUCCUUUGUUUCUUUUACUGUUAUCCCAAUGUGUAUUGUCUGUUAAUUAAAACUCCCUCCAUUUUUGGGUAUAAGUUAUUCUCAGGAAGAAUAGAAUGACCUGUACAGUUCCUUGGCCUAUUAAAAAGGUGUUAUCAGUACUCUGUCUCCUGGAGGGUGGUCUUUCUGUGUUAUUUUAAUCAAGUUAUGAAGGGACUUGCUGCCUUUCAUGCUAAUAUUUUGUAUUGGUUUUUGUUAUUGCAACCCAGACAAUACAGAUGUAGGUCACCCCCUCCACACUCUCAUUAUAUAUGUCAAAUCCUGUACCGACGAUGACCUGCAAUAAAAAAAAAAAAAAAGGA